UUUUCUUUUCUUUUUCUAUAUGAAAAGUUUUAAAACUCAGAUUUAUGCAUGAUUUAUAAUGUAAUUGACGGUGAUACAUAUAGUAAAAUUAUAUUUUGAACGGAAUAAAUAAGUUUCUAAUGUUAAUAGUUACUAUGACCUUCGCUUUUCUAGUGGCGUAGACUACAUGCAAAUGCCGAACAGUUCAAACGAAAACGAAACAAGUGGCUCGAGUUUAACAUUACAAAAUAGAGAUAACAUGAGCGCUGGCACUGUAUCCUUGGAGCGUGAGCUGGCUAGCACAAGACGACUCCUCUGGGGCGAUCACGUGAAAGAAGACGUAUUCCGACGCUGGGCACAAGGGUUUCACUUCAGUCCCGACGAGCCGAGUGCUCUAAUCCAGCAAGAGGGAGGGCCUUGCGCUGCCAUCGCCCCCGUACAAGGAUUUCUUCUUAAGAUUUUACUUUCAGAAACAGUAGGUCACAGUCUUCAAGACUUAACAACAGAGAAGUGCAAUUCUGUGCUUGUUAGGGCUGUGUGUUUGAUUUUAGGUCAGUGUCUAGCUACUAAGUACAAUGUUGCUGUAUAUCGCAAGAACGAUACAGAAGGACAAACAAGUUCCGGCCUUAAUGUUAGUGCUGAAGAACUGUCUUGUGACGCUAUUGACCACUUUCAUAGACGGAUCGAGGUGCACACAUUUAAAGCAAUAACUGAGGUGGAAGCAUUCUAUACCCGGAAUAUUCGGAUCUUGAAAGACAAGUAUGGAGUUUUAUUACUGUUAUAUAGUGUCAUCCUUAGCAAGGGUGUAGAAGCUGUGGAGAUGGAACUUUCAGAACUCUCUGACCCUCUCAUACAUUCUACAUAUGGAUAUGGUUCACAAGGGCUAAUCAACCUAAUGCUUACCGGUAGAGCCGUAGCACAUGUGUGGGAUCAUGAACAGGUAGUUGGAGGAUUGCGUCUGAGGGGUAUUGAGAAUCAGAAUGACAUUGGCUUUCUGACCAUAAUGGAGCACAUGCAAUAUUGUACAGUUGGCUCAUUUUAUAAAAAUCCUAAACAUCCUGUGUGGGUGCUGGCUUCUGAAACUCAUCUGACAGUUCUUUUCUCCUUUGAAAGGAGACUCGCGGCUCCAGAGACAGCCGGGGAGUCUGCUGAGCGUAUUUUUAGAUCUUUUGAUCCUGAAGGAAAUAAUUUUAUACCAUCAGCAGCCCUUCAAGAUGUACUCUGCGCAGCAGACUUGGUUAGUGAACCGGAAUAUGUGGAAUUGAUGAGACGAAAACUAGAUUCUGAAAAUUUAGGUAUUAUUUUAUUGAGUGCUUUUAUGGAUGAGUUCUUUCCGGGAUCAGAAAGAGGCGCACCCGAUACCUUCACUCUACACCAUUACAAUGGGUUGUCCCGUAGUAACCCAGGAGGACGGGUGGUGUACCGCACAGGCCGGGCGGCGCUGCUGGAAUGUCCAAUGAGAGCAGCGACCACAGACCCCAUGCUGACCUGUCUACAGACUAAGUGGCCCAGUAUCGAUGUGGUGUGGGAUGACGGACAAUCACCCUCUCUUAACUGACACAACUACUGUGACUGGAACUAAAACUGUGAAAAAGUGAGGAGAGGUUACACAAUAUGUAUCUUAAAGUUGAAAUAUGUUGCAAAAAAUUCCAUUACUGUAUUAAUUUAUCUAUAGACCUUGUAUCUAUUAAUUUUAUGGCCUCCUUAAUGAAGACGUAUUUGGCAUCAGCAUCAUGACCCGCUAUUUUCCAUAUAUUUGAUAUUGUUUCAGCUUCUCUGAAAGUUAGGCUAGUGCUGUGGCAUUGCGAGGAUGCCUCGGAAUGUUUCAAUGUAUUUAAUUUUAUGGUUUAUAUUGUGUGAGGCUGACGUCAGAGGUACAUAACAUUUGUAUUUAUUGGUGAUUUGAUCCAAAUUGUUUAAAGUAUGAAUAUACUAUGGGUUUUAAUGUAUUAUUAAACAAUUGUUUGACUCUGUGAUACAAUAUUUCUAAUGGUCACUAUAAUGCUGCAGCUAGACUGACAAUUGAUUAUCUAAAAUGCUAAGAUCCAGAGAGUGCUUCCUGUGUAUGACCUAUGUUACUGACCAUAGACAAGUCACAAUGUGCAUUAGAAAUUUAUACGUACAUAAAUAUUUUUACAAAAAUGACUUAUGUGUAUGCAGACUUUCAUUGUGUUCCAUUUUUGAAACCAGUUCAGACUUUGCUUACAUUGAAAACUUGUACAUACAUAACAUUUAAAUACCCUCAAAUUGAUUUUACAUAUAAAAGACUAUGUGGAACAUUAAACAUGUACAGUACAUAAUGUACUUGCCGGAGAGCUACCAUUUGAAAGAUAUGGAAUGUACACAAGCUACAGAUUUUGUACCCUGUAAUAUUAUUUUUAUAUUUCUUCUAUUUUUUGGUAGAAUUAUAUUUUGUCUGAUAUGUAAGAUAGCUGUACACAUGAGAAACAAAAGGUUAUAUUUAAAGGUGAUUUUCAGUUAGUCAUGAUGAAUAGUAGAACAUGCUUUUAAUUACA